GCCGCAACCAAGCCGGUUAUCGAUAACGUUCAGUUGUUACCAAAGCUCAAUCAAUACUUUACCUCGAAAUUUAAAGCUACCUACACCUUUUCAAUCUCUCUUUCACAACUUACAUCACCUAUCUAGCCGCUAGUAGCGGUUGGUUUAUGUAACAAUGUCUACUUCUCUACAGGCCACAAGCAACUUGUUCCAAGUACCAGAAGUAUCACAGGAAGAGAUAAGCUCGUUUCACGACGCGCACUUCUCUCUCGCGGCUACCAAACUCUUCAAUGCACAGUUCUUCCGACCGGAAAAUGCGCAAGAUGAGCAGGAUGAAAAUCAGUACUAUGAGGAAUAUGAAGAAUAUUAUGAAGAAGAGGAUGACGGCUUAGGCUAUUAUCCAGAUGGUGUCAAACGCACGCUUACGGAUGAGCAAAUCGCUAUAUUUCGACAUUCUGAAAUUGAAGCCCUUCGCCGUGCUAAGACUAGAGCCGCUAAGCUCGGGGAGACGUCGACCGCACCGUUGCAAGCGGCCGAGGAAGAUGAUUCCGCAUCUACCAGCGAGCCUAAUCCCGAUUCGAUAGCAAUAUCGUUGCCUACAAUGCCAGAUGAGAGUCAUGAGAAAUACAAAGGGAAAGAAGAAGAGGCGCAGGAUGGUAGCGAGGAUGGAGAAAUCGAAGAAGACAUGCCUAAACCUAAACCUAGCGAAGCUGAAGUCAAGCGAGAGAAAAAGCAACGUGCGAGACGAAAGAAGCAUGAACAGCGCAAGUUCCAUCCCGAGAAGAAGCCCGAUCUACGAAAGAGGACGUGGGAUGUAGUCGAGACUGGUAUGGACAGUCUGUACUACGAUGAUGAAACGGCCCAAGACACGGCUGCCACUCCCGCGGCACAGAGGCGAAGGAUCUCAUACGACGAUUGAAGACUCACGAAAGGAAAUGAGUUUUCCGUAUUUCUCUAUGGUAUUCCAAUCCUGAAAUAACUACUUCAUACGUGAUUGAUACGUGGUUGAGUGAUAUUUGGCCAGGUUAGUGUUGCAUUCUCAAUUCCUCUUUGUCUGUUUUGUUUCCGUGAUGAGAACCUUUGUAUCGUCAUCCUUAGUCUGAAGUCCGGGACCACCUGAAGUUGGCUUCUGGCUGAUGGAUGGUUGGAUUACCUAAACGGAUGCAUGUCGAAUAAUUAAUCUUCUCUCUGAAUGCGUUAUACCAUCCCUUCUGUGUAUUCUCCCUUUUCUACUACAACAAGCAUUGUUGCUGACUACUUGUACUGCGAGUUUUAGGUGAAUAGUGCAAAGACUUUGCAAUUACAAACAACGGGCUUGCAUCAAAGGCUUUGUUCGGGAAUUGUCUACAUAGCUUAAGGAGACAUAUGUACCUAUAGUUUACCUGCAGUGUGUCGGACAGGUUCUAGUGGGAUUACUACUAGAAUGUAUGGAAUUUAUCUAGUUCUGGAGGUGGCCAUUUGCUACUCUAGCAUUCCCUUGCAUGACGGAAUAAGAAAAGGUGCCGUUAUUGAUAAUUACCUAGGUAUACAAGUACAUACACAAAGAGCUUCCAUGCUCUUCUUAUUGUUGGCAUGAGCUGUUUUAGGUGCUGUAUUGCAAAAAUAAUACAUAUGCACCUACCUUAGGUUAGGUAGACAACGAGCUAUAAUAAAAUCAUACAAGCA